AUGGUUCGUUUAAAACAUCGGUGGAUUUUAUUUGAAACUUUAUUCGAAGACACAUCUCACCAAGAUACGUCAGUCGAGCCGUUAACAUCUCAUAACAUUUUUACAACCGUAAAAGAAUCUAUUCAAUCAAAUUUUGGAGAUUACGGGCGUGGAUGUGUCUCUUCUUCACUGAAUGUAAAGUAUUAUUCACCACAUACAAAUAUUGGAUUAUUACGGGUGUCGAGAGAUCAUUAUCGCAUUGUGUGGUGUGCGCUAACUUUUAUAACACAAAUAAACUCGAGAACAUGUACCAUAAGAGUUUUGCAUGUAGGAGGUACAAUUAAACAGUGCCAGACAUCAGUUAUUGAAUAUGAUAUGGAGCAAAUACUGGAAAAUGAAGACUUGGAUGAUGUCUAA